UCCAGCCCUGCUGCCACAGCAGUGAUAUCGUUGGCAUUUGGACGUUACAUUUUGGAACCUUUCUUUAUGCAGUGUGAAAUCCCAGAACUUGCAAUUAAACUUAUUACAGCUGUUGGCAUCACUCUGGUGAUGGUCCUGAAUAGCACAAGUGUCAGCUGGAGUGCCCGCAUUCAGAUUUUCCUUACCUUUUGCAAGCUUGUAGCAAUUCUGAUAAUUAUAGUCCCUGGAGUUAUCCAGCUAAUUAAAGGAGAAACACAGCACUUUAAAAAUGCCUUUGCGGGGAAUGAUGCCAGUGUUAAGGGAUUACCACUUGCUUUCUACUCAGGAAUGUAUGCCUACUCUGGCUGGUUUUACCUCAAUUUUGUUACUGAAGAAGUGGAAAACCCUGAAAAAAACAUACCCCUCGCAAUAUGCAUUUCAAUGAUUAUCGUCACAGUUGGCUAUGUGUUAACAAACGUGGCUUAUUUCACUACAAUCAGUGCUCGGGAAUUGCUGCUUUCAAAAGCUGUAGCAGUGACCUUUGCUGAACGACUAAUGGGAAACUUUUCUUUAGCUGUGCCAGUAUUUGUUGCUCUCUCCUGCUUUGGAUCUAUGAACGGUGGCGUUUUUGCAGUCUCCAGGAUGUUCUUCGUUGCAUCCCGCGAGGGUCACCUUCCGGAAAUUCUCUCCAUGAUUCAUGUCCGCAAGCACACUCCUCUGCCAGCUGUCAUUGUUUUGCAUCCUCUCACAAUGAUAAUGUUAUUCAACGGGGAUCUCUACAGCCUCCUGAAUUUCCUCAGUUUUGCCAGGUGGCUUUUUAUUGGACUAGUAGUUGCUGGGUUGAUUUAUCUGAGAUAUAAACGUCCUGAUAUGCCUCGUCCUUUCAAGGUGCCUCUCUUUAUUCCAGCGUUGUUUUCCUUCACCUGCCUCUUCAUGGUUGCACUGUCACUUUACGCUGACCCAGUGAACACAGGGAUUGGAUUUGCAAUAACCCUGACUGGAGUUCCUGCCUACUACCUCUUCAUUGUAUGGGACAAGAAGCCAAAGUGGUUCAGAAAGCUUUUAGACAAGGUAACUGAAACAUUGCAAAUCCUCUUGGAAGUCGUCCCAUCAGAGGAAGACCAGAAAUCCUGA